AUUCCGCUGUGCACGAAUUUCUCCAACAGAGCUGGCACACGACUGCAUUGAGGAAUCUAAAAUAAGUAUAUAUAGAUUUUUUUUUAAACUUUAUUUGAAUGAAAACAAUUGGUGUCCACUGCUCCGCCUGACGCGUAAAAAACGAAUAUACUCAAUUGUGACAACAGCACAGCAGGUGCCGUGGGCGAGGUGUGAGGAAGAGCGAUGCCUUUGGUCAGGAGAACCAUUGAGCCUCGGCACCUAUGCCAAGGUGCAGUGCCCGACAGGAUUGAUAGCGAGCUGGAAUGUGUCAACAACAACACCUUGUCUGCCAUCAUCCGUCAGCUCAGUAGUCUGAGUACACAUGCAGAAAAUGUAUUUGGUGAUCUUUUCAAUGAAGCCAACACAUUUUAUGUACGUGCAAACUCACUCCAAGAUCGCAUUGACCGCUUGGCUAUCAAGGUCACUCAGCUAGACUCCAGUGUGGAAGAAGUUUCUCUGCAGGCCAUAAACCUGAGGAAGGCUUUUAAAAGCUCGACCAAUCAGGACCAGCAGGUGUUGUCCAAAGGCAGCACACCGAGCUCGGUGACCGAUAUGUACGACAAAAGCGACCAGCCACCUCCUCUUCGAGACCUCACUGCUUUUAGAGAGGACGGCACUGAUGCCAUGAAGUUCUACUCCGACCCGUCCUACUUUUUUGACUUGUGGAAGGAGAAAAUGCUGCAAGACACAGAGGACAAGAGGAAAGAAAGGAGGAGGCAAAGGGAGCAGAAGCGAUGCGUGGAGAGUAGCACCAUCCAGCGCCAGGUGAAGAAGGUGAGGAAGGCUCGAAACCGCAGACAAGAAUGGAACAUGAUGGCUUUCGACAAAGAGCUCCGACCGGAUCACCGCCACCCCCAAACUCUGCGGCGUGGGGCAUCUUCCGAAGGCUCACUCUCCCCAGAGGGCAGGCCCGACGUUCCUGACUAUCCUAGCCCACCUGUGCCAUCACACGGCGCUUCUAACUUCAUCAAGUCGCAUGGGAACGUGCAGCCCUCCCCACCGCCAGAGCACGAAUACCACAGCAUUGACGUCAACUAUAAGAAAACAACAUUAGAAACUCAAGCCGCAGAGAAGAUGAACACUUCAAUACGCCUGCCGGCAGAUUAUAACUGCGCCCACCCUCCACUUACCCAAGGCCCACCCAUCCCAUCAGCCCAGACAGCCUUUGGUUUCAGCCCCCCAGCAGUUCACAAUGGAGCCACUACGCAUGGUGGUCCAGGUUACCCACUUCCACCUGUACCUCCUCCAGGACCUCCCCCAGGUCCCCCGCCACCACCUCUCCUUCCCCCAGCUGCCUCAUCACACCUCAGUGGAAGCAUCAGAACUGAAAUAAAACCACUGAGAGAUGUGAGGAGUGAUCUGUUAUCUGCAAUCCGCAUGGGCAUCCAGUUGAAAAAAGUGCAAGAACAGCAAGAGCUGCAAAACAAGCAUGACCCAGUCGGGAACGACGUGGCCACCAUCCUGUCACGACGUAUUGCGGUGGAGUACACCGAUUCUGACGAGGAUUCAGAGCUGGAUGACAAUGAAUGGUCGGACUGACUUCAGUGUGGUUUCAUUUUGACCUUCUGUAUGACUAAAGACGUGAUGAGGAGGAUGUGUGUUUGUAUUUGCCAUGACUUUCCUCACUUUUGUUGUUUCAUGACAUGAAGAAGAUCAUGAAAUUCCAUGAGUACACCUGUGGUAGAUUGGAUCGAGCACUCAGUGCUCGACUGUGUUGGUCUUGUCUGUAUUGGA